CGGCACUGCAGUGCUGAUUGUGAUUGCACACACACACACUCACGCAAGCACACACGCACACACAGGAGUGUAGCUGAGAGGCAAGGACUGCAGCAGCAUGCACCAAGCGCGCCUGAGCUGUUCGGGGACACGAGGAAGGGGAACUGAGGAGAGAAAAUAGUGUCUAUCUCACAGCCGCCUGCACGUACAUCUUUGCAGCGGAAGGAACCAUGCAUUUCACGAGUGGAUAGCUUAUGUUAUCCGGCCUCCUCUGCACUGCCUCUGCAUCCCAUUCACCCUGCUCCUCCCACUCCAACUCUUCCUCCUCCUCCUGUCUACAGCAUCAUUAGCCCGGACUACAGAUUGACUGGGACUGGCGAGUGGUGGAUGGUCAGGUUUUGCCCCGGCUGAAAGAUUCUUCUGUGGCUAUGCUACAUCUACACCUUCACUGAUAGCUGGAUUGUAAUCGUCAUUUGUAGCUAGAAGAUAACCCACAACCCGAGAAGAAUCUUGGAGGUGUGUGUCAUUCUGUACCAGUGUUGUCAUUGGCGCAUUUCCUCUAUUUCGCUGGUUGUUUUUGCCUUCUCUGAGACUGGCUAGCAGGCACUGCAGCAUCAGGACCGCAAGACCCAUGAAGUAGUAGGGCAUGAGGACCCAGGGGCAACCCAAAGGAAGGGCUUGAGUGCUUCAAUUGCUACCACUGCUGCUGAGGUGCUUAUCUUGAUUUUUUUUUUCUCUACAGAAAAGGGUGUCUGGUGGGGGUUGGGGUGGGUGGUGAUAGCACAGGUAGCCAGGCCCCUGCAGAGCAGAGCGGGGGGCUCUUGCGUACUGGAGGCAGGCAGGACGUCCUGUGGGAAAGAGGGGAAGAAGGGCUGGCUCGAGCGUUGGACUCCUGAUGGUGGCUAUUUUUGUCUCCCCUAGCUGAGUGAUUGGGACAGCGGGUGGAAGAGAAGAUGCUUAUGGCCCGAGACACGGCGCGGGAUGAGGCUCAAAAGCUUCACAGGAAGUGGCUGAAGCACCAGGCCUUUAUGGCGGAACUGGCCCGCAAUAAGGAAUGGCUCGCCAAGAUAGAACAGGAGGGUCAGGAACUGAUCCAGGAGAAGCCCGAGCUGCGUUCGGUGGUCCAGCAGAAGCUGGUGGAGAUCAGAGAGUGCUGGUCCGACCUGGAGAGCACCACCAAGGCCAAGGCUCGCCAGCUCUUUGAAAACAACAAGCCUGAGCCGGCGGUGAAGAGCUUCUCGGACCUGGACAACCAGCUCUCCCACCUGGAGCAGCAGCCCCCCCAGCUGGAGCAGGCUCACCAUCUGCCCACCUUCAAUGAGCAGCUCCAGAAAUUCCAGGCUAUGGAGUCUCAGAUAGGGGACUAUUACAAGGAUGUGGGAGAGCUGGGCAGCGUGCAGGGUGUCUGCCUGCCCCAGCGAGGCCUGAUGGCAGGUGACAGGGAGGCCGGCGAGCAGUCAGGCGUCGUGGAGACUCGCAUCGUCCGCCUCAUCGAGCCGCUGAAGGAGAGACGCCGCAUCCUGCUGGCCUCCAAAGAGAUGCAUCAAGUCGCCCAAGACCUGGAGGAUGAGAUACUGUGGAUCCAGGAGAGGCUUCCCUUGGCCUCCUGUAAGGAUUAUGGGAAUAACCUCCAGAGUGUACAGCAGCAUGUAAAGAAGAACCAGACCCUUCAAAGGGAGCUGACAGGGCGGCGGGCUCGUGUGGAGGAGGUUCUGGACCGGGCGGGGAUCAUCGCUUCGCUGAGGACCCCUGAGGUGGAGUGUGUGCGUGAAGGGGCGGGGCAUGUGCGCCAGCUGUGGGAGGUUUUGCAGCUGGAGGCCGAGAGGAGGUGUGUGAUGCUGGACGCCAUGCUGCUGUCUCAGCAGUACUACAGCGACGCGGCUAAAGUGGAGACCUGGCUGUCAGGUCAGAAGCUCCAACUGGUCAAUGAAGAAAAAGGAACGGACGAGGCGAGCACCCUGCAGCUGCUGAAGGGCCACCUGGCUCUGGAGCAAACGGUGGAAAAUUAUGCAGAGACAGUAGGCAUGCUCACCCAGCAAUGCCAGCUUCUUAUGGAAAUGGGACACCCAGAAAGGUGUGGCCUGACCCAGGGUCUCACGUGCACUCACCAAGCAGCACUUAUAGCCCAGGAAAAGAGUGAGCAGCUCACCAAGCAGCAGUCGCACAUAGACCGGCUGUACGUGUCUCUGAAGGACAUGGUGGAGCACAGGAAGAAUAAGCUGGAGCAGCAGUACUGGCUCUAUCAGCUCAACAAGGACGUGGAGGAGCUGGAGAAGUGGAUCACUGAGCGAGAGACCGUGGCCAGUUCCACCGAGCUGGGCCACGACCUGGAGGACGUCACGGUGCUUCAGGAGAGAUUCACCAAGUUUGCCACAGAAACCAACAGCAUCGGGCAGCAGCGCAUGGAGCAUGUCAACAAAAUGGUGAACGAGAUGAUCGACUGCGGCCACUCGGACGCGGCCACCAUCGCCGAGUGGAAGGACGGGCUGAACGAGUCGUGGGCCGACCUGCUGGAGCUGAUGGAGACCCGCAGGCAGAUGCUGCUCGCCUCGCACCAGCUGCACAAGUUCUUCACCGACUGCAAAGAGGUCUUGGCUCAGAUCGCAGGGAAGAUGAAGCAGCUGCCAGAGGUGAGGGCGUGCCAAGCCAACAUCACCAAUCCAGCCACCCUGCAGAGGCUCAUGCACUCCUUUGAGCAUGCCCUUCAACUGCUGGUUGCACAGGUGAGGCAGCUGCAGGAGAACGCGGCCCAGCUGAGGACCAUCUACGCUGGGGAAAAGGCGGAGGCCAUCAUGGUCAAAGAGCUGGAAGUGAUGGAGGCCUGGAAGGAGCUGCUGAGCUCCUGUGAGGCCAGCCGUGUGCAGGUCACCUCAGUCACAGACAAGGUGCAGUUCUUCUCCGUGGUGCGUGAAAACCUCAUGUGGAUGGAAGGCAUCAUGGGCCAGAUUAUAUGGGAUGAGCCCAGAGAUCUGACGGCUCUCGAGGUGAUGAUGAGACAACAUCAGGAGCUGAAAGCCAAAGUAGACGGCCGCAGCAAGACCAUACAGCAGUGUGCAGAUCUGGGCAAGAUCCUCAUAGCUGCAGGCAACCCUGCAUCAGAGGAGAUACAAGAGAAGCUGGACAGUCUUCUGGCUAAGCAGAGGGAUCUUAUUGAAAAAUGGGACAAACACCAGGAGAAGUUACUGCGCAGGCAGGAACAUUUCCAGUUCGCCCAGGAGACGGUGAAGGCAGAAGCCUGGCUGAAGGCCAAGGAGCCGCUGAUCACCUCCAAGGAGCCAGAGGGAGGAGGAGCCCGGACCCAAACAGACGAGGUUGAGCAACUCAUCCUUCGCCACGAGGCCUUCCGCAAGGCUGCUGUCACCUGGAAAGAACGCUUCAGCUCUCUCCGCCAGCUUUCCGCAGCUGAGAAGAAAAAAGAGGAGGAGAAAAAGGCAACCCCGCUCUCCAGCCGAAGGAUGUUCCCAAUAUCAUGUCUGACUCCCAGUGUUCCCUCAAUCAGUGCUACCUCAUCUUUCUUGAGGCAGACGGUACAUGUUCAUGUAGAACCCAAACCCUUACAGACCAGUCUGGAUCUGGGAGCCUCCCCUGCGACACAGAGAUUGUCCUCAACCCUAGCUAGUUACAAGCCAGUUAUAAAUGGAUCAGGCUACCAUGGACUGGAACAGCAGGGCAGUGGGAAGUUGGCAAGCUCCUCAUACCUUGGAAUGAACCACCAGGUGCCGGGAGGUGGAAGUGAAUCCGCUUUCACAGCACUGACUUCCCAGAAUCCUGGAGCAGAUACUUACCUUGGGAUAAACCAUCUACCAACUGCUGGCAGUGCGGAAAGCUCUGGAUACUACGGACUGACUACUGGGUGUGUCGGUGGUACGCCAAACCAUCUAGGCAGCGGGAGGUUGGGAAAUGCAGGUAACAUAGCUCAGCAGCCAAGCAGUGGGGGUAUGGGAAGCCCUGGCUAUCUGCCUCAACAGAAUAUGGGCAGUUCUGGAUAUUUGGCUCAAUCACCAAAUAUGGGAAGUUCUGGAUACUUGGGACAUCAGCCUAAUCUAGGGAGUACAGGAUAUUUGGCACAACAGCCUAAUUUAGGAAGUACAGGAUAUUUGGCACCACAGCCUAAUUUAGGAAGUACGGGAUAUUUGGCGCAGCAGCCUAAUAUGGGUAGUUCUGGGUAUUUGGCACAACCGCCUAAUUUGGGGAGCACUGGGUAUUUGGCACAACAGCCUAACAUGGGGAGUUCUGGGUAUUUAGCACAACAGCCUAAUAUGGUGAGUUCUGGAUACUUAGCGCAGAAUUACCAGAGCAGUGGGGGAUUGGGUAGCUCAGGCUUUCUGGCACAAAAUAAUUACAGCAGUGGAAGUCUGGGCAGUUCUAGUUACCUGGCGCAAAGUGGUGGCAUCAUGGACCCUAAAAUGGCAUAUGCAUGGCAGCAUCUGAAAGCUGACUUCAUGCAGCCCAGGAUCAACCACAUCCACAAGGCUGUAAACCCCCUCCUAGAGGCCAGCAGGGCGCAGCGGGAACAGUUUGGGGACAUCCCAAUGGCCGACAUGGUGGGGCCAGAGUCGGGGCUGGAGCUCCUCCACGGCCGCCUCCAGAGGGAUCCCCGUGGCAGCCGCUCAGAUCCUCAGAUGGACCACCUGAGGCGAGAGAGGGAGUACAAGUUGGGUAGACAGACCUCCAGCGAACAAGAGAUCCAGGCUAGGCUGAACGAGCUGCCGCUGAUUGUGCGUCAGGAGCGCUACCGGAGGCGCCUGGAGAGGCAGUCGUCGAGCGAGCAGGAGGGCAGCGGCAAGCAGAGGCUCCAGAGGCAGGACUCGAGUGACCUGGAGGGCUCUGUUAAGGACGGUUCUGACAAACGCUCAGGGGAUAAGAGAAAUACCAUGGCAGAGAUUGUUGAACAAGUCCAGGAGAGAGAGGCAGCAUCUGCACGAGGAGAUUCUUAUCGCCCUGCAAGCAGCCUCUCAGCACCGGUGACUCGUUUUGAUGGACGUCCUCGGGCCCGAGACCGCCCCAAACCGAGGAGGAGGCCUCGUCCCAAAGAGCCUGAGGAGACACGGCGUUCUCGCUCAGCUCCAGCUACUGGGGCCCCAACCACACCUCAGCCGCCUUCACACACUGCCCACAACGAAGGCUUCCUCUACCGCAAAAAGGCCACAUCAUCUGACCUUGAAGCUCAGCAGAGAAGCCCAAACAGCAAAUCCUGGCUGAACGUGUACUGUGUGUUGAAAGAGGGACAGCUGCUUUUCUACAAGGAUGCUAGGCACCUGACUACGACAUACAACGAGGAGCCUCCUGUGGAGCUGGCUAACUGCACCUUUGAUCCUUCUAUGGGAUACAAGAAGAAGAAAAAUGUCUUCAUUCUACAAAUGGCUGAUGGUAACAACUUUGCAUUCCAUGCAAAAGACGAGGAGGACAUGAAGGCUUGGACUUCAAACAUCACCACCUGUAUAUCUGAAUACGAGGAACUGGGCAAGUGGGACAAGCCGGGAACCUCGUCCAUGGAACCCGACCACUCGGAGAGGAAGGAGAAGUCGGAGGGGGACGCCGACGCCAGGUCAGAGAGGUCGGAGCUGGCCGAGGGGGAGGAGCGGUCUGAGAAGGAGAGGUCAGAGAAAGGGGACGGCUCUGAGAAGUUAGACACGUCAGAAAUCGCCGACAAAAUGGAGGGAGGGGCAGGGGGCUCCAGCACUUCUGGAAAGAGCAAAUGAGGAGCCCCUUUAUGUUUUAACAUUAUUCACUGACGAGAUGCGUGGGAGGCGGUGGGUGUGAGGGAUGGAUGGAGAGCAUGUGCAGCUAGGUUUGCUGAUCCUCAGUCACAGAGCGGAACACACCGGGUCCUUGAACUGACUAUUUUUACUGUGACAGACUAAUCUCUAAGCCCCUCCCCUUCACCCAGGCAAUACAUCAGUGCUUGCAUUGUGCCACCUGCUGGUAGAUAGCAGGUCGGCCCAGACAGACAGACAGACAGACUUCAACAAGUGGUCCCAAGUAUAAGUCACUGUCACGUCCCAUCGUUGAUUGUUUAAUCUCUCGGAUUCACAGCAUCUUUCUGUAUGUAUCUUUGACUGAUAAUGUAAUGCUCUGUCUAGCUAGACAAACCCCGAGAAGUGGUGAAUGAUAUGUUUCACAAUAUCAAAAAAGAAAAACAAGUUUUUUGAAGCAAUAUACUUUUUUUUAAAAGGGAAAAGGAAACAAGAAAUAAUUGCAAAUGUGAACUCCAUGAUUUGUCACAUAAACGUAAGCUUACCCCAUGCAGUUGUGCACCUUAGACACUUGACACAUCUGUAUACUAAUCAUAAAGACAUUUAAUCCCAUCACAUUGCUAGCUUUGAAUCAUGUUAAUAUAAUGGAAUGCUGGUGUUACCCACCUGACUUCAUUGGUGUCAAUUAAUACACAGUUCUACCAUUUAUUUUCAGCUUUUGUUUAUUAUUUUUAUUAUUAUUAUUAUUGUUAUUGUUUGUCCACAAUGAUCCAUGUCAAGAAAAGAGCUUUCCAUCAAAUUCUAAUCCAAGGUGUGUUCAAAGUGGCAAUGCUCAAAGUAAUACUAAGCCUAUGUGACACAAUGCUUUUGUAUACAUGACAAAAAUCUGAACAUUGCAUGAAAAAGUCUAUUAGUGCACUGUCAAACUUGCCUUUAUUUUUAUGUUCUUGAAAUAAGUUGGGCAGUAUUGAAAUUGCAAUAAUGUAAUGUGGCUGGAGGAAAAUGUAUUUGUCUGUCACUAUCUACUUCUGAAAAUCCAGAGGUGAGUUUGACAAAAUAUGUUUGUCUUCUAACCACAAUAAGCAUGAGAAGAAAAAUGGUUGUUUCUUGAGGGGAUAGACCAGAGAAGUGACUACUCCUUGAUCUGUAACAUGAAUUAAGAAGCCAAAUGGCCCCUCUGCUGUUUGUACUGUAUUACUGCGAUUUCUUUUCCACAGAAUGUACUGAAUUCAGCUGUGAAAUGUUCAAUCACCACAGAGUUGGUGGUGGCCAAAAUUGUAAAACCCUGAAGCUGUUCGCUGAGAGUUAAGCCUCUCUGUACCCUGUGUCUUUCAUUUGAAGUUCAAACUGAUUGGAAUCUCUCCGUCAAAGGCAAGUUAAAUGUAAAACUGUCAUGAUUCGAGUCAUGAAUUGUAUAUACCUAUCUUUGUAUGUAUACCAAUAAAUCCUGUGCUCUAAUAAAACAAUACUCUGAACUGAAAUGGGUAAAAUUAAAACAUUUGUAUUAAUCCACAAAUAAAAACAAUCAUCACUCAAAUAUAUUAUGACAUUUAAAUGAAAAAUAUGCAAAUUAGGAGCCACUAUUAAAUAUCAUAGUGUAUAUAAGUACACCAGUAUCUAGUUGUAUGACACACAUUUUACCAGGGAAGAGCAGCAGGACAUACUGUAGGUAUGCUUGUUGUAUUUUUAUAUGCCUAUAUUUAUUCAUAUCAGAUUCAGGAGUUGCCCCAAUAAGAAUGUGUACUAAUGAUUAGAGGGUGUGAGAGGUGUGAUUAGGUUAUAUGUUACAGACAUGAGAAACAGCUGGGCAGUUCAGAAAAAGUACAGUAUGCUGUGAUCGCAGAGAUGAACGGGCAUUAGUCCACUUAUUAUUUCUCAUGUAUGCCAAUUAUUUUUUACAUAUACAAAAACAAUUAAAGUAUCAUUAAUGUCAGUAAAAUGUAGCCAUUUUGACACAGUGUACUCAUAUUAAAGACAUAGGAGGAAACACACAGCAGCUGUGACUUUCUUCAAUGUAUUUUCCAUUCUAUCAAACUGCACCUCAAAUGUGUACAAAAAAGACUUCUUCACGGUCUUCCUUUCUAUAAAAACUCCAAAAGUAUAUCUCAGAUGCAGCAGUAUUUGAAUUCACUGACUUGAGGAUUGUAGUGUGCUGUAUCUGUAUUACUGCAGCCUUCAAAUGAGUUGAACGACAAUAUAUAAGCUAUGUUUUGGUGUGAAUGUUAUUUCCAUUUGCCAGUCACUGCUUGUUUUAACAUAAGUGCCAUGUCAUGCAGUUUGCUGAAACAGUGGUUCAGAAGGGAAAAAAGCUAUUGGUUAUUGAAUCAUGAAUAAGGACAGCGAGCCUGUCUUUGCAAUACAUAUUUUUUAUCAUUGAAAUAGGAGCUAUAGUAUUUUCGUGUGGCUGUAAUUGUUCUGAUUCAUUGCUCAUGGCAUAUUUAGCCCACAUCACCAUGUGCGUUGUAAGUGUUCGCUUACCAUCACUUUAAUGAAACCCAUGAGGGUCUUUUUCCACUAUGUUAUUAAAAUAACAGUCGAAAUUAAGUAGGCAGCAUAAACCGUGACUGAAGAAAAAAAAUGUGUGCAAACUUUGUAUCCUUCAUUGAUGGUUUUACAAGUGUGUAUGUCGUUGUUACUUUACAUUACAACUUGCUGCUAUGACAUUAAAUAAAUCUCCAAACCUG